CAAAUCAACUCAAAAGUCCUUUUAUACUGAAAGAAGACAGAGCCAAAAACAAAACCAGAGUAUCCAUCCAUCAACAAUCACUACCAAUACCAUUGUUUACUAUGCCAAACCAGAAACAACAAAACCACUUCCACCAUUAACAACAACAACACAAAAACUCUCUAUUCUUCAACAAUGCUUCCUCUUCUUUUCUUCCUUCUCCUUCUCCAACCACUAACCAUUCUCUCUCUCAACCAAGAAGGUCUCUACCUACACCAAUUCAAACUCUCCUUAGACGAUCCAUCCUCUUCCUUAUCCACAUGGAACAACAACAACCCAACACCUUGUACCUGGUCAGGCAUAACCUGCGACCCAACAAACACAACUGUAACAAAAAUCAACCUCUCAAACUUCAACCUAGCUGGUCCAUUACAAACCUCAACUCUCUGUCGUCUCACAAACUUAACCACCCUUAUCCUAACAAACAACUUAAUAAACCAAACACUUCCUUUAGAUAUUUCUACUUGCACCUCCCUUACUCACUUAGACCUCUCUAACAAUCUCCUCAUUGGCACACUCCCACAUACACUAACACACCUCCCUAACCUCCGUUAUCUUGAUUUAACAGCAAACAACUUCUCAGGCUCAAUCCCAACCUCAUUCGGAACAUUUCCCAAACUAGAAGUGCUUUCACUCGUUUACAAUCUUCUAGAAUCUUCUAUUCCACCUUCCCUCGCAAACAUUACCUCUUUGAAAACACUCAAUCUGUCAUUUAACCCCUUUCUACCUUCUCCGAUCCCCCCGGAGUUCGGAAACCUAACUAACCUCGAAGUUCUAUGGCUUAGUUCAUGUAAUCUUGUUGGUAAUAUUCCUCAUUCGUUUGGAAAAUUGAAGAAACUUAGUGUUUUUGAUCUUUCUAUGAAUAGUCUUGAAGGUUCUAUACCGAGUUCGAUUGUUGAAAUGACGAGUUUGAAGCAGAUUGAGUUUUAUAACAACUCGUUUUCCGGUGAAUUACCGGUGGGAAUGUCGAAUCUUACUUCGUUGAGGUUGAUUGAUAUUUCUAUGAACCAUAUUGGUGGUGAAAUUCCUGAUGAGUUGUGUAGAUUACCUCUUGAGAGUCUUAAUUUGUUUGAGAAUAGGUUUACCGGUGAGUUGCCGGUGAGUAUAGCUGAUUCUCCGAAUCUUUAUGAGUUAAAGGUUUUUGAGAAUUUACUCACCGGUGAGUUACCGGAGAAGCUAGGGAAGAAUGGUCCGUUGAUUUAUUUUGAUGUUUCGAAUAAUAAGUUUUCCGGUAGGAUUCCGGUGAGUUUGUGUGAACGUGGCGCGUUGGAGGAACUUUUGAUGAUACAUAAUGAAUUCUCUGGCGAGAUUCCAGGGAGUUUAGGGGAGUGUCGGACAUUGACGCGCGUUAGGUUGGGUUUUAAUAAGUUGUCAGGUGAAGUUCCGGCGGGUUUUUGGGGUCUGCCGCAUGUUUAUCUUCUUGAGCUUGUUGAUAACUUGUUUUCUGGUUCAAUUGGUAAGACUAUUGGUGGAGCUGGGAAUUUGUCUCAGUUGACUUUGACGAAUAAUAAUUUCUCUGGUGUGAUUCCUGAAGAGAUUGGAUUGUUGGAAAAUCUUCAGGAAUUUUCGGGUGGUAAUAACCGGUUUAAUUCUUCAUUGCCCGAGAGUAUUGUGAAUCUUCAUCAGCUUGGGAUUCUUGAUCUUCACAAGAAUAAUCUUUCUGGGGAGCUUCCAAAAGGGAUUCAAUCUCUUAAGAAACUCAAUGAGUUGAAUUUGGCUGGUAAUGAGGUUGGUGGGAAAAUUCCUGAAGAAAUUGGGAGUAUGUCUGUGCUUAACUUUCUUGAUCUUUCUAAUAAUCGAUUUUGGGGAAAUGUUCCGGUGAGUUUGCAGAACUUGAAACUCAAUCAGAUGAAUUUGUCUUACAAUAUGCUUUCUGGAGAGAUUCCACCUCUCAUGGCUAAGGAUAUGUAUAGGGAUAGUUUUAUUGGUAAUCCUGGUUUGUGUGGAGAUUUGAAAGGUUUGUGUGAUGUCAAAGGGGAGGGUAAGAGUAAAAAUUUUGUUUGGUUGCUUAGAACUAUUUUCAUAGUUGCAGCUUUAGUGUUAGUCUUUGGUUUGAUUUGGUUUUACUUCAAGUACAUGAAUAUCAAGAAAGCUAGAUCCAUUGAUAAAACGAAAUGGACAUUGAUGUCGUUUCAUAAACUGGGUUUUGGUGAAGAUGAGGUCUUGAAUUGUCUUGAUGAAGAUAAUGUCAUAGGGAGUGGAUCUUCCGGGAAAGUCUACAAGGUUGUGCUUCGCAACGGGGAAGCUGUUGCUGUGAAGAAGAUAUGGGGCGGAGUCAGAAUGGAAACCGAGAGUGGAGAUGUUGAAAAGAACCGAUUUCAAGACGAUGCUUUUGAUGCAGAGGUUGAAACUUUGGGCAAGAUUAGGCAUAAGAACAUUGUCAAGCUAUGGUGUUGCUGUACCACUAGAGAUUGCAAGCUAUUGGUUUAUGAGUAUAUGCCAAAUGGUAGUCUUGGUGAUUUGCUGCAUAGCAAUAAAGGAGGGUUGUUGGAUUGGCCAACUAGGUAUAAGAUAGCUCUUGCUUCUGCAGAAGGCCUCUCUUAUCUGCAUCAUGACUGUGUUCCUCCUAUUGUUCAUAGAGAUGUUAAAUCUAAUAACAUCUUGUUGGAUGAAGACUUUAGUGCAAGGGUCGCAGAUUUUGGGGUAGCUAAGGCGGUCGAAUCCAAUGGGAAAGGAACAAAGUCCAUGUCUGUCAUAGCUGGGUCUUGUGGGUAUAUCGCACCAGAAUAUGCAUACACACUUAGAGUGAAUGAGAAGAGUGACACAUACAGUUUUGGUGUUGUUAUCCUUGAGUUAGUCACUGGAAGGAAGCCUAUAGAUCCUGAAUUUGGGGAAAAAGACUUGGUUAUGUGGGCAUGCAACACCUUGGAUCAGAAAGGUGUUGACCAUGUUCUUGACUCAAGGCUUGAUUCUUUUUACAAAGAAGAAAUUUGCAAGGUCCUGAAUAUUGGCCUAAUGUGCACUAGUCCUCUUCCAAUUAACCGGCCUGCAAUGAGAAGAGUGGUGAAGAUGUUACUAGAAGUAGGCCCAGAGAGCCAAACAAAGUCUUCCCAAAAAGAUGGAAAGUUGUCCCCUUAUUACUAUGAUGAUGGAUCAGAUCAUGGAAGUGUUGCUUAAUUUUGUUAAAGGGUUGAGAUUAUUUGAUUCAGAAGAGGAGGUUAGGGAGUUCUAACUAAGCUUUUCUUUUUGGUUAUUAGUACUUAUUAAAGUGUCAACUUUCCCUCCAAGUUUUCCACUCAUGAUUUGUUUGACAAAAGUUGAAAUAUCAUGACUAGAAGUUGAUAUUUAUUACUCUGUAAAGUUGGUCGACUUCAAGGCCCUCCCUAGUUAAUUUACUUUGGGUUUGCAUUAAUAUCUCUUAUAUUCAGAAGUGUGAUAUUCUCACUGUUAAAAAGAUGCGACUCAUCUCUGAGAAUAUGUAGUACUAAUUUCAGAUAAUUUCAAAUUUCAUAAUAGAAAACUGUCCCUACAUUUGGAAUCUGUAGUUAAACCA